GGGGGGGACAGAAUUGAGGGAGUUGUUGGAGGGUAAAGAGAAGCCAUAGCCAGGCUGUAGGUAGGACAAGGAGUGAGGUGAUUGCAGAGUUGGAGUGAGCAUGUCUCCGGGCCCUCCUUCCCUCUGCGUUAGGUAAGGCAGAGGGACAUUUCACAGGGUUUAGACAACAAAAACCUGCUGAAGCGCCUUCCAAGCUCUGGAGGCAAAGACUAGAAACAAAACAGUUUUAAUGGGUGCUUAGCUUUGGUGGUUCAGCCUGAGUACACCCAAACCACGGAUUCCCUUUUUUUUUUUUUUUUUUUUUUUUUAACUACUAGCCUGACCAAACUCCUUACCCCAAAGAACAGUAGCGGCUGGGAGAGGACCCUCUGUCAGCCAGAGGAUUACAUAUCCAUUUACUGCAGUAGGGCUGCCCUGACUUAGCCAGCCUGGCCUUCUUGAGGGAGCCGGUCUUUCCCUGCGCUCUUCCCUACAUGGAUGAGGUCUUUUGGCCAGUGGUGCUUAGUUCCCUUUGCAUGUCUGAGGCCACUGGCAACUGCUGCCCACGUCCAGAUUUACCCCAUCCCGGUUUUAAAAAGCCCCUUAUUUAUAACUUUUAUACUGUGGCGCCUGUCUCCUCCCCAGCUGUACGGGUUGGGGCUGUUUUAACGUCUCGUUUGUACCGAUGGAUGAAAUUGUCAAUAAACACAAGCAUUUGUUAACUGGCUAGCAAACUCCGAAGAAGGCGGGGCGAGGGCGGAAAUGGGGCGUGGCUGGGAGCCUAGAGCGGAAAUGGGGGCGGGUUCUCUUUCCGCGGGCGUCAUGGCGGAGGCGGCGCUGGAUAAGGUGCGGGAGGCGUUGCAAGAGUUCCCCGCUGCGGCUCGCGAUCUCAGUGUACCUCGUGCUGUGCCCUACCUGGACGAGCCCCCAAGUCCACUCUGCUUCUACCGGGAUUGGGUGUGUCCCAAUAGGCCCUGUAUUAUCCGCAAUGCCCUGCAACACUGGCCAGCUCUACACAAGUGGUCCCUCUCCUACUUAAGAGCCAUAGUGGGCUCCACAGAGGUGAGUGUAGCUGUGACCCCAGAUGGUUACGCGGAUGCUGUGCGAGGGGACCGGUUUGUGAUGCCUGCUGAACGCCGCCUGCCCAUGAGCCAUGUGCUGGAUGUGUUGGAAGGUCAGGCCGAGCACCCAGGAGUCCUCUAUGUGCAGAAACAGUGCUCCAAUCUGCCCACUGAGCUGCCUCAGCUUCUGUCUGACAUCGAGUCCCAUGUGCCCUGGGCCUCUGAGUCACUGGGAAAGAUGCCUGAUGCUGUGAACUUCUGGCUGGGGGAGGCAGCUGCGGUGACAUCCUUGCACAAGGACCACUAUGAGAAUCUGUACUGUGUGGUCUCUGGCGAGAAACACUUCUUGUUACAUCCACCCAGUGACCGGCCCUUCAUCCCCUAUGAUGUGUACACACCAGCGACCUACCAGCUGACCGAAGGGGGCACUUUCAGGGUGGUAGACGAGGAAGCCAUGGAGAAGGCAAAGGUGGCAGGGACAUGCCUGCUCACUGUGCGCGUCCUCCAGGCUAAUGGCUUGCCUUCCAAGGACCUAGUGACAUCCUCUGACUGCUAUGUGACCCUGGGCCUGCCCACGGCCUCCAGCCACACGCUCCAGACGCGCACAGUCAAGAACAGCAGGAACCCUGUCUGGAAUCAGACCUUCCACUUCCGGAUCCACAGGCAGCUCAAGAAUGUUGUGGAACUGAAAGUCUUUGACCAGGACCUGGUGACCCAAGAUGACCCUGUGCUGUCAGUACUGUUUGACGUGGGGACUCUGAGAGCAGGGGAGUCUCGGCGCCAGAGCUUCUCACUGAGCACUCAGGAGGAUGGGUGCCUGGAAGUUGAAUUUCGGCUGCAGACUCUGACAGACCGUGAGGAACAGCUCAUCAGUAAUGGCAUCCUAGUGGCUCGGGAGCUCUCUCGGUUACAUGUCCAACUGAAGAAGGCAGGAGACCCAAAGGGGCCAGAGAGCAAAGUUCAACUUGUGGUUGCUGGGGCCUGUGAGGGCCCACAGGCUGCCUCUGUGGGUACCAGGUCUUUCUUCUUCCAUUACCCAACCUGCUGGGAGCAAGAGCUGACCGUUCAUCUGCAGGAUGACCCCCACGAACAACUGAAGGUUCCAUUACACGCACUACCCUGUUCACAGUUGGUGAGACUCGUCUUCCCCACAUCCCAGGAGCCACUGCUGAGGCUGGAACUGCAGAAGGAAGGAGGACCAAAGGAGCUGGCUGUGCGGCUGGGCUGUGGGCUCUGCCCUGAGGAGCAGGCCUUCCUAAGCAAGAGGAAGCAGGUGGUGGCCGCCGCCCUGAAAAAGGCCUUACAGCUGGACCAAGACCUACAAGAGGAUGAGAUCCCAGUGAUUGCUGUUAUGGCCACUGGUGGUGGCAUCCGGGCCAUGACUUCUUUAUAUGGGCAGCUGGCUGGCCUGAGGGAGCUUGGUCUCCUGGACUGCAUCUCCUACAUCACUGGGGCCUCAGGAUCCACCUGGGCAUUGGCCAACCUCUAUGAGGACCCAGAGUGGUCUCAGAAGGACCUGGCAGGGCCCACCGAGUUGCUGAAGACCCAGGUGACAAAGAGCAAGCUGGGGGCAUUGGCCCCCAGCCAGCUAUGGAGGUACCGGCAGGAGCUGGCUGAGCGGACCCGCCUGGGCCACCCAACUUGCUUCACCAACUUGUGGGCCCUCAUCAAUGAGUCCUUGCUGCAUGAUGAGCCCCAUGAACACAAACUCUCAGAUCAACGGGAGGCUCUGAGUCGAGGCCAGAACCCUCUGCCUAUCUACUGUGCCCUCAACAGCAAGGAGCGGGGCCUGACCACCUUUGAAUUUGGGGAAUGGUGUGAGUUCUCUCCCUAUGAAGUUGGCUUUCCCAAGUAUGGAGCCUUCAUUCCCUCUGAGCUCUUUGGCUCUGAGUUCUUCAUGGGGCGGCUGGUGAAGCAGCUCCCUGAGUCCCGCAUCUGCUUCCUGGAAGGCAUCUGGAGCAACCUGUUUGCAGCCAGCCUCCAAGACAGCUUGUACUGGGCCUCUGAACCCAGGCAGUUCUGGGACCGCUGGUCCCAGGAUCAGGCCAGCCUGGACAAAGAGCAGGUCCCCCAUCUGAAGAUCAAAGAACCACCGACAGCAGCCGGCAGGAUCGCCGAGUUCUUCACUGACCUCCUGACAAAGCGGCCGCUGGCCCAGGCCACCCACAAUUUCAUGCGUGGCCUCCAUUUCCACAAGGACUAUUUCCAUAAUCCUCACUUCUCCACCUGGAAAGCUACCAAACUGGAUGGGUCCCCCAACCAGCUGACGCCCAUGGAGCCCCACCUCUGCCUCCUGGAUGUUGGCUACUUCAUCAAUACUAGCUGCCCACCCCUCCUGAAGCCAACACGGGAUGUGGACCUCAUCUUGUCACUGGAUUAUAACCUCCAUGGAGCCUUUCAGCAGCUGCAGCUUGUGAGCCGGUUCUGCCAGGAGCAGGGCAUCCCUUUCCCGGCCAUCUCACCCAGCCCCGAGGAGCAGCGCCAACCUCAGGAGUGCCACACGUUCUGUGACCCUGCCCAGCCCGAAGCCCCGGCUGUGCUGCACUUCCCUCUGGUUAACGACUCCUUCCAGGACCACUCGGCCCCUGGGGUGCCACGGACAGAGGAGGAGAAGGCAGCUGGGAAGGUGAACCUGUCUUCUUCUGAUUCCCCAUACCACUACACAAAAGUGACCUACAGCCAGGAGGAUGUGGACAAGUUGUUACGCCUUACACAUUACAACAUCUGCAACAACCAGGAACGGUUGCGGGAAGCCCUGCACCAGGCCGUGCAGCGGCGGAGACAGCGCAAACAGUGCAGGCCUGAGUGAUGGCUGAGAUACCUUGGCGGGUUCCCACCCCCACCCGGGACCUUUGACCCUCCACCCCUUCCCUGUCUGCUGAGUUGGAGACCAGUAUCACCAAGUACUGCUCCAGAACCUCUGGGGACUCUGACAUCCAGGCCCAGUUCUGCAAAGAUACGUCUGGGAUCUCCAGAGAGGACACUGAGCCUGUCAGCAGCCCUGCGUCAGAGUCUAUCUAGGCUGUAAGCUGCCAGCAGAGGUGCUACUGCAUGGUACUAGGAGUGGCCUAGCUCACCCCCGGGAAGGACUUGGGGCAGUGUUGGUUGCAUGACAGGGACACUGUGGCAUGUUACAGGGGCUCUUAUAAAUGGGAGGCGCUUGGGUGGCGCUGUCCCAAGAUUA